AGGGGCGCCCUGUUCGAGAGCGUCGUUCUUUGUUUCGGUUUGGAGCGCAGUCUCCGUCUGACGAAGCGCAGAGCCCGGUGAGGAAAAUUCGAGGUGCGCGGUAACGAGAGAGGAGAGAGAGAGACAGGACGACGGGAACGGACAAACUGAGACGCUUAUUAAGAGCUCUCGCCGGGUGACGACGCGUCUCGCGCGGUAUGUUCGGACGGACGUGGGAGCAGCUUUGCCGCGAGAACAAUCGAAUCGGUUCGACUCGCUCCCUCUGUAAAUAAGCGCGCGGCUAUAUUUAUGAGUAAGUGAGUGUGUGCAAAGUGUGUGGCGAAAAGAGAAAGGAGAAGGAGGUGGAGGAGGAGCAGUAAGAAGAAAAGAGUGUAGAGGCGUCGAGAAGGAGGUAUCGGAAGUGUCGAAGCAACGAGGGCGCAUUUGACAGCAGGCGAAUGCUCUUUCUCUCGCCUUCCUCGCGCCUGUCUCCUUCUUUCGCUGUUUCUCUCUCUCUUCAUCUACGCUCGCCAGUGCUCGCUAGUUGUACCGAGUGUAUGUGCUUGUGGUGGUCACACUGUAGCUCUCUCCGGUGUGUCGCGUUCGCGCGGCGAUUUGCAUUGUUUGGCCGGCGGCGGCACAACAUUGUUCGCGCGCGACUCUUGGUUUACAAGAGAGAAAGAAGGAGAGAGUGAGGUGGGAUCAUAUUCACGCUGGUUAUUGUGCACGAGCAAGCGCGAGGAAGAUCGAAGAGACGAGACAAAACCGCGAGACGACGACGCUCGAGGGUGGAGUAAAAGUAUUGCCAACGUUUUUGUAUACGUGCAAUUUCAUUCGUCCGUGUGCUCGCCGUCGUCGUCGGCGUCGUUAUCGCCGUUGUUGUCGUCGUCGUCGCCGUCGUCGAUUGCUGCCGCCGCCGCCGCCGCCGCCUUCGGUGUUGAGCGCGCCGCGACGGGGGUUGCCGACAUCGCCACCGACGUAUCCGCAUCGAUUGCCGGCCACCGAUCUGCCGGGUAUAACUGUAGUGUGCGUGUAGUGAGAAAGAAGAGGAGAAGAAAAAAGUGUCGCCGCGUGUCGACGUUUUUGAGUUUUUCGCAUUACGUGUUGUUUUCGGCGUACUAUCACGGGGUUAACGGUGAAUUUCUCGAACGUGACGCACCGCACCGACGACGACGCCGCCGCCACCGCCGCCGCUGCCGCCGCCGUCGCCACUGCCACCGCUGCGACCUUGGAGACAGUGGAGAGUUUCGGAAUCGGGUACGGCCAGGGAGCGGGCGCGAGUACAGGCGACUGGAUGAAACCGCCGGGGGAUUUAUUUCUUUACUGCGACAUGAAGGAUCUGACGGGAGCCGUGGGAGAUAUGAUCGCUCCCUCGGCAAAAAAGCUUUGGGGCGUGGACGAGGGUGGCUCCAAGGACGAAGGAGGCGUAAAAGGCGGUGGGACCUUGCUUCACUUGGGCGACCACCCGGCUACUAUGUGGCGAGAUACCACCUGGAGUACGUCAGAUCAUGCAGUGUCACAGCCAAUUUCAAUGGGUACAGGAAGACGUGUGGGAGUUGGAACGGGAUAUCACCAUCAAGCGUCAGAAGUUGGAACAGUGCUCAGUCCUAGAAGCAGUGAAACAGGUGGUUUGGGAGUUAAGAUGGUCGAAUACGUCCUUGGAUCGAGUCCCACUACACCAAAAGAUCUGGAACCACGAAUAGUUUCUCUGAGAUUGAACACCGAUGCAGACAAGAAGGAAAAAGAAAAAGGUUCAGCAAGUCCGUUUGAUAACACAAAGGAUGACACUGGGCCACAAGGUAAUGGAUUAGCAUCUCAGAACGGUCUCGAUGACGACAAAGGAUUCAAUCGCACGCCUGGGAGUCGUCAACCGUCACCUGGUGAAGAGGAAUUUCAGAAAAAUGCCGCCGCCACUCUGGCUGUGAACGCCGGUGGCGGUGGUGUUGUAUUGCUAAAACCCGGAGUUGAUGUCGUUAGUAGCGAGGAACAUUUCAUGGCGGCGUUCGCGCCUGCACCACCACAUCAUCUGCAACAUCACCAAGCGCCGCCGACUCAUCAUUUACAACAUCCGCACUCGCACGCAGCGGCACAACUUUUCGGGGCGCAAGCUCCACCGCCGCCGCAGGGUCCGCCACCUUCGCAGCAACAACAACAACAGCAAGGUCCUCCACAGCCGCAAGACACCACUACGCACUUCGAUGUCCAGCAACUGUUCCGCAGUCAACCGCAAGGUGCGACACCGCAACAAUUGCAACUGUUGCAGCAACAGCAGCAGCAGCAGCAGCAGCAGUACCUAGCCGCAUCCCAGGCACAGCAACAACAACAGCAGCAGCAGCAACAGAAUUUUCCUACGGCCCCUUACACAGUUAUCAGCGGUCAGGAGCCUUACGUGGGUGCGUUGAUAGCUGGUGCACCACCGCCAGUAGUACCGCAAUACUAUGGAGUCGGGCCCUGGGUUUAUCCGGCCGGAUUGCUGCCGCAAGCACCACCCCAAGCGGCCGCGCCGCCACCACCUCGACGACCGCUCACACCCUCCUCGGCAGCAGCCGCAGCUGCUGCCGCACAAGACACUGCAAAUAAUCUAGCACAGACGGUUCAGGGCCAAUAUCAGGUAAUACCGGCUUAUUACGAUCAGAACGGUUCCAUCGUUAUGGGAGGCGUACGUGGUUUGAGCUCAGCAGCAACUCCCAUGAGAUUAGUUAGUCCCGCGCCAGUUCUCGUGAACAGAGCCCCGUCUCAACCUCCUCCGGGUCCACCAGCUCCACCGCCACCCAACCUAUAUUCACAACCGACUCCAACAUCGCACAGCAAUGCUACACCCGGCGAAUGCUUAGGUCUGGCGGCAUGCAGUGCAGCGGCGGUGGUCGCGCAAGCUCAGGCAGUUGCAGUGCAACAGGCGCAACAGCAAGGCUCGGGACUUGCCGCAGGUUUAGCGGCGCUAGGAUACGGCGGUUCCCCGCUCGGGGCACUGGGCUCACCUGCCCAACUGCAGAACACAGGUUUAGGCCUCGGUGCGUCUUCAACCGGCAGACGAGAUUCCUUUGAUAGAAAUACUUCAGCCUUCAGUCCAAGCUUGGAAUAUAGCCGGGCGAAGUGGCCUCAGAGUUACGGCGCCCUCGAUACAGGUACUAGGAACAAUAUAUACCUAGAUGCAGGUUCUUGGGACAGAAUGUCUAAUCUAACUACAGAUACAAGUACUCUCUGCAAGGAGUACAUAAUUACAGACACAGGUACAGUCACCGCGUCACCGAGUCCCUUGGGAUUGUCAUUAACACCACCGCCAACUUUAGGAGGAUCUCUGGGUGGUCUUGUAGGAGGAGCCAGUAGAGUAUCAGCCGCCCCCGGUGCUGAAGCCAAGUUUCGUGCGAGUGCGGUUCCCGCCCUGACAGCCAACGGAGUGUUUGGCUCUAGUAGCUCUCUAUUCCCCAAUCUCGUAGGCAAACCGGGCCGCGGUGGUGCCGCUAACAUUAAUGACAAAAAUACUGGAGGACGAUCUCGUCUGUUGGAAGAUUUUCGAAACAAUCGGUUUCCUAGUCUUCAACUGCGCGAUUUGGCUAACCACAUAGUGGAAUUUAGUCAGGAUCAGCAUGGUUCGAGAUUUAUUCAACAGAAAUUGGAACGAGCUUCGGCUAGCGAAAAACAGCUUGUGUUCCAAGAGAUUCUCUCUUCCGCGUAUUCUCUGAUGACAGAUGUCUUUGGAAAUUACGUAAUUCAGAAAUUCUUUGAAUAUGGCACACCGGAACAAAAAUCAACUUUAGCUCAAAAAGUUCGCGGGCAUGUCUUACCACUCGCACUGCAGAUGUACGGAUGCAGAGUCAUACAGAAAGCUCUCGAGUCGAUCGGACCGGAACAGCAACAGGAGAUCGUGCGGGAACUGGACGGACAUGUGUUGAAGUGUGUUAAGGAUCAAAAUGGAAAUCACGUUGUUCAGAAGUGCAUUGAGUGCGUUGAACCGCGAGCAUUGCAAUUCGUAAUAGGAGCAUUUGCUGGACAAGUAUAUUCUUUGAGCACGCACCCGUACGGCUGUCGAGUGAUCCAACGCAUUCUUGAACACUGCACUCCCGAACAAACUCAAGGGAUAUUGCAGGAGUUACACGCUGCCACUGACCAACUCAUUCAAGAUCAGUACGGCAAUUACGUCAUACAACAUGUGCUUGAACACGGAAAGCCCGAAGAUAAAGCACAAUUAAUCAGCAGUGUUAGAGGCAAAGUGCUCGCUCUUUCUCAGCAUAAAUUUGCAAGUAACGUAGUCGAAAAGUGCGUGACUCAUGCUACAAGACAGGAACGCGCUGUACUGAUCGAAGAAGUUUGCGGCUUCAACGACAAUGCACUGAACGUAAUGAUGAAGGAUCAGUAUGCCAAUUAUGUCGUUCAGAAGAUGAUCGAUGUUGCGGAGCCAGCACAGCGCAAGGUGCUGAUGCACAAGAUCCGUCCGCAUCUGGGAAGUCUGCGCAAGUACACCUACGGCAAGCACAUUAUUGUCAAGCUGGAAAAGUUCUUUAUGAAGACGGCCUCAGCGAUGGGAGUGGGAGCGACACCCUCUGGUACAUCGACAAGCGGUGGAGGUGGCGAUCUCGGUCCGAUCGGGCCACCCGCAUCCGCUGCGUCCGGCCCGGUUUCAACGUCGAGCCAACCAUCAACGCAGGUUUUAUAAACGCGCAUGCAUGAGGAUAUCUUCGUCGCGGAAAAAAAGAAGAAAACACAUAAUAAAGAGGCAAGCAGAACUACAAUACACGUUGCAAACACGCGUUACUACCCCACUUUUACUUUACCGAGAUCUGUUCUUCUAUUUAUCGACAAGAAUGACAAACUUGGAAUGACGAUCACUCGUUUUUAUCUCGUUUUGCCUUACGUUCUCGAAGAUGGAAGGAAAAGAAAGAAAAAAAAACAAAAAAUUUUCGAACAUUGUUUCACGCGAGAAAUUUGCCAAUAUACAAUUUUUAUUAUUUUUGAAGUAGCGAAUAUUUGUAUACCAGCUUCUUCGAGAUCCGGGUAAUACGAGAUUACGACGUACGAGUUCAUCUUAAAGAGAACUAUAAGUCAGUAGAAACGAGGAUAGAUACGUUGUAGUGCAUUUUUUUGUUAUUUUAUAAAACAUACUCCUGCGCAGAGGAGUGUCACGCGCAUAGAGAUAUUCACAUUACUGCAGCAUACAAAGUGGAAGUUGCACUAUUAUUUCCGGUUGAAAAAUAUUUCUCACGGUUGAUUCGACGAAUUUCAGGUACAUUACGACCAAUUGCGAACGCUGAGUUAAAUUCGUUGGCUGUUUUGUAUCUUGUAAGAUUCGUUAAAAUUCGUAAAAAUCGAAAGAGGAAAGUCGCUCGAUUACUAGAUUGUCGUACAGAGCAGUUAGGCUUGGAUUAGAUGUUGUGUCAUCUCGUUAGACAUUUCAAAAUAAAGUAGAGCUCUAUUCCAAUGAGAGUGAUUAAAAUGAAGAAGCAUUACCGAUAGUCAAAGCGCGGCUCAUUGAGACUAUACUCGGCGAACAUAUUAAGCAGGCUUCUACGAAGACGAUACGGUAAAAUCACGGAGUUUUAGACAGUUAGGUCUUAGUGCUGCAUGCAUUUAUAUCGACUUGUAUGAGGGUUGUAACAAACAUACACACAUACACAAACACACGCGCGCACACACAUACAUACAUACACACACACACACAACGUUACGCGUAUGUGUGACGUUCCCGAUCUCGCGUAUACCGCGCCGCUUCCUCUUUUACACACAAUUGCUGCUUUAGUAUUAUUUUUAACGCGCGGUAUGCAUCAGAUCGACGAGUCCGCAGACGAAAGAAUAAGGUGAAACUUGAGAAGUAGAAGUUUAGGAGUUAUAGAUAUGUUGUUUAAAUGUAGCAUAGCGUUUGACAUGGGAAUGAAAAUCGGGCACCGACCCUUGGACUUGACCUGGACCUGACUACCAAUCUCUCCCCUUGAGACUACUUGGAACGUUCACACAAAAGAGCGAUUAUUUCGUUGUUAGUUUCCCCUCUUUCUCUUCUUCCCCUUCUUAUUUUAACCUUUAAAGGUUCUUUUCAUUUUUAUUUUUUUUUUUUUCUUUUCUUUUUACUUUAAUUUUUGAAUAUGAUUACGUGACAUAUGCAGAGACGAAGAAAUAAGCAAAAUGAGACAAGAGCUGUUUCAGACGCCGUCGUUCUCUUUUGUUCAUUUUUACGUUUGUCACUUUUGGAGCAAGGAAAUACUUUUCCCCUACUCCUUUUCGCCUUUUCUUAUUUUCCGCUGCCCUGUAUUCCAUUCCUCGAAACCCUUUUGAGAUCCUCGAAUUUUGUAAAUUGUGAUAUAAAUAAAUAACAAAUGUGUAUAGGUACGAAUAUCCGAAAUACGCGAGGACCGAUAAAUUCAAUGAAUAUUUUAUUUCUCACGGGAACUUUUCUCCCCCUACUUUUGACAGAGUCUGUGAAUACUGUAUAUUAUAAUAAUUACUAAUUAUAUUAAAUUUAAAUAUGAUUUACGUUCUAAUGCUGCUGUCCUAACCAAUGAGUUACGCUCCUCUCUCCGCUCUCCGAUUCAUCCAAUUUUACAUUUUUUCGAAAUAUCCAAUUGUAAUAUAAUAAACAUUUUUCACAUCAAGUCAUGCUAGACAAAAAAAAUAUAUAUACAUAUAUAUAUAGAGAGAGAGAGAUAUUGAUUUCCCUCUAUUGCCCCUAUGAUAAUUUGCAGCUAUCCUUUUGAACGUAAAACCGAAGACCAUUGUACAUUGUAUAAAUGAUAUAACGCGUUCUUGAGAAAAAGUAUCAGGAGAUCGUGCACAAUGCAUAUGUAUCUAUAAUUCGUUCGCGCUAUUUUCUCUUCUUUAUCUCUUCAGAUAUGCAUAUAAUGCAUUCGAUACACGUACACACGGAACAUUUCGAUUGUAUUAUAGACGACGGUUGGAAGAAAAAGAGCGGCAUACUCGGCCAUUUUCAAUGGGAUCGCACACGCGUGUUUUACUAAAUAAGGAACGCAAAGAAAUGCUGUUAACGUAAGAACAUUUGUGGACAAACUUAUACAUAAUUUUUUCUCGAUUAUCAAUCGCUUGUACAAUGUAUAAUAUAUUUCGUUGAUGUUAGAUGUUAAAUAUUUAGAAAUUGGAAAAAAAGAAACACGUGACUUGUCAGAGCAACUUGAUUAAACGUUUGCUACAUGAUUCUGUACAAAAGGAAAAAGAAAAGUAUAGCUUAAGGAAGAGAGAAGAACGUAGCAACUUUCUUUGUAAAAUAUUGUAAAUAACGAUUUAUUAAUGAAUUUGACAAAUUCUUAAGUACCUCUUCUCUCUCUCUUCCUCUUUCGUUUUAUUCGAAGCGAUUACUCUCGUUGAAACAUCAUUAAGAGAGGAUAGCAAACGAGCUAUAAUAACGUGACGAAAGUAAACGCAGUAUUGUUGAUUGAUAUCGAAAGGCAAAUACUCGAGCGAUUCAAAAUCUUGUUCCUUUGCAAAAGUGAUCGUUCCGAAAAUUGCUGAGGAUACGCGCUCGCUCGCUACAUAUUAUAUACAUACAUAUACACAAUACACACAAUUGACAUGCUGUAAAGAGGCGAGAUGUAUGGUUGAUAAACCUCUUUCGAAUAUAGAUAGACAUUCCAACCGCCUCCUCAUCCUCAGUCGACAGGACGCAAGACCUGUGCACACCGUUAAAACGAAGCGAAUUAUAUAAAUAAAAGCGGGAACCGUGUAAAACGUGUUUAUAAUAUUUAAGAAAAAUGACGAGAAAAUAGUUCCUUCAUCCCUGUAACAAUCGCGCGCGCGCGCACAUCAUCUGUAAAUUAAAGGUCGAGACAAACCGCGCCUCUCAUCUGUAAUAGUUCCAUCAAUCAUCUGUCAAAUUGCGCAUAAAGAAAACGAGGUAUAAAUUAAACGAGAAGACGUUACAAAAACGAUAUGAAGCGAAAAUCGAACACAAAAUCUCUCAUGUCUUAUUAGCUAACGUAAGAUUAUCGAUUUACCUAUCAUACUUUUAUUACCUAUUAUUAUAUUAUGAUAUUGUAUUAUUACCAUUAUUAUUAUACUCUAUUGAAUAUUAUUUGAUUAACAGUCCCCUUUCCUCUUUGAUUACUUAUUUUCGCUACUACUAAUUGCGAUAAGCAUAUGUAAAUAUAUGCAUAUAUUAGAGUUGCACGUAUAUACGUAUAUAUACAUAUGCGCAUGCAUAUAUAGACAUAUACAUAUAUAUAUAUAUAUAUACGCAUGUAAGCUCGGCACAUGUAACACAUUUAUAAAUAUGAUAUAGCAUAUUUCGAGUA